UCGGCCAAUUACACGUCAGCUCACUCAAUUCCCACUCUUUUGUUUGGUGACAGAAGAAGCCCGCCUUUUCCGGCCCCGUUGGGAGCCGCUAGUUCCGCAACAUGGGAACAAUCCAUUUGUUUCGCAAAACACAGCGAUCCCUUCUGGGCAAGUUGACACUGGAAUUUAGAUCAGUAGCUGCUGAUCGAAGGUCCUGGAAGAUCUUGCUGUUUGGCGCAAUAAAUGUAGUAUGUACUGGUUUCCUGCUUAUGUGGUGUAGUUCUACAAACAGCAUAGCUUUAACUGCAUAUACCUAUCUAACAAUCUUUGAUCUUUUCAGCUUGAUAACAUGCUUAAUAAGUUAUUGGGUAAUGAUGAAGAAGCCCAGUCCAUCGUAUUCAUUUGGAUUUGAGAGAUUUGAAGUCCUAGCAGUAUUUGCUUCCACGGUUCUUGCACAGCUUGGAGCACUUUUUAUUCUUAAAGAAAGUGCUCAACGAUUUCUUGAACAACCAGAGAUUCAUACGGGUCGAUUGCUGGUUGGUACCUUUGUAGCACUCACUUUCAACUUGUUUACAAUGCUUUCAGUUAGGAAUAAGCCUUUUGCUUAUGUGUCUGAAGCUGCAAGUACAAGUUGGCUUCAGGAACACGUUGCAGAUCUCAGUAGGAGCUUGUGCGGUAUCAUUCCUGGACUGAGCAGCAUCUUUCUUCCUCGCAUGAAUCCAUUCAUCUUGAUCGAUCUUGCUGGGGCUUUAGCUCUUUGUAUUACAUACAUGUUAAUCGAAAUUAAUAAUUAUUUUGCAGUUGAUACUGCCUCUGCAGUAGCUAUUGCCUUGAUGACAUUUGGAACCAUGUAUCCCAUGAGUGUCUACAGUGGAAAGGUCUUGCUUCAGACAACACCACCUCAUGUGAUUGGACAGCUAGAUAAACUUAUACGAGAGGUUUCUACUUUGGAUGGAGUUCUAGAAGUUCGAAAUGAACACUUCUGGACAUUGGGGUUUGGUUCUCUGGCUGGAUCGGUUCAUGUGAGAAUUCGAAGAGAUGCCAAUGAACAGAUGGUACUUGCACAUGUGACAAAUCGGUUAAAUGCGCUGGUAUCUAUUUUGACUGUUCAGAUUUUCAAAGAUGACUGGAUCAGGCCUACUUUGGCCACUGGACCUAUUGGAAGCAAUAUGCUGAACCUUUCAGAACAUUACAUUAUUCCAAUGCCACCUCUAAAGGCAGCAGAACAUUCCAACCCUGCUACAUCCACUCCAACUAAACCAAGCAGUCCACCUCCAGAAUUUGCUUUUAACACGCCAGGUAAAAAUAUGAACCCUAUCAUCCUCGUGAAUACUCAGACAAGGCCCUAUGGACUGAACUUCAACCAUGGAACUGUACCGUAUAGCAGUGUCUUCCCUCAAGGCUUUGGAUUGCCAGGAACAGGGGUUGCCCAGGGAUUCAGGACUGGCUUCAUCAGUGUUCCUCAGAGAUAUGGAACUGGCACUCGAGGUCAAUCUAGACCCUAAUGAACUGUUUCUAUAUUUAUUGUUUGAGAUUACUUCUUCAAUUGUUUUAUUGCUUAGUUUUCUACAAGACUAUUUGAUUUCCCGGUAACUAGUAUCAGAUGUUUUCAAAAUCAUGAAAAUGUGCAUUCAUGGAUUGACUUAAUUUUUGAUGCAGUUAUCCAUUUCUGACUGUAAAGCCAUAGCUUUAUAAAAAGUCAUUGCAAUCACAUUUUAUUGCUGGUCUUGUAAAUAAUUUCAGCAUGGUAUGUGAAAGGAAGUCCAAAAAAAUGACAAUUUUGCAAAGUGGGAUUCUGUAUUAUUGUCUUAAAUUAUUAGGGGAGUGUUGUCUAUUAACAAAGUUCUUUUCAUAAAACUUUGUCUCUGAUGUAAUCAUGCAAUCUUUUUUAAAACUUAUACUUUCUGAACUAGGGAAAAGUGAUUAUUUGGUGAGUCCAGCAAAUGCUCCUGAAAUUCAGUUUGAUAUUAAAAUGCUUGUGGGUAAUCUUGUUUGAGGAGUUCAGGGGAGAACUAAAUGAAAUAUGGCUGUGUGGGAGAACAACGAAGGUCAUCCAGCUACCUGUAGCUGAUCGUUAUAAAUAUCAUGUCCAACACAUUUCUCACAUGCACAGUUACUUUUCUGGAAUAAAGGUGGCAUCAAAGAUUUUAAACAGGAACAUGGGGACGGUUAGACUUUAGGAGGAAGAUUCCCCCACCUCCAAAAGCAUAGGCCUGAGGGGGAAAGCUGAAGUGGUCCUGGACGCCUGAAGAGCUGAAAAUUCCAGAGAAAGGCCUACAACUGUGGUAGAGACCUAGAGAGAGGGAUGCCUAUGGUGGCGCCCAAUUACGGAAGAGAGAGAUGGAAUUGAGAGCAGAGAUGGAGCUUCAGAAACAGGGUGCAGCAAGGGAGGUCCUGCCUGUCUUUUCCUCCCCCACACCCCCGUACCAACAUAGAUUGCAGGCUGAGGAGAACUGCUGCAGGUGAACCAAAGGGAAAAGGCAUUUGGAUUUCCUGAAAGCUGGCAGGGAAGGAAAUGCUAAAGAAUACAGUCCAGAGCUGCCUAACAGUAAAAUGAGCCUGAUUUUGUCACCACCUGAAAGAACCUGCAACAGGAUGGUUUUGUUAAUCUAGCAGCCUGUUGUUGUGGAAACACUAACAGUAAUUUCAGCAUUCAACUGCUUUUUAUUCUUUUCAGCCUGAUUUGAAAUAAAUUAGUGCUGACUGCUCCAUUUUAAGCUCCCUCACUCCUUCCCCUUGAUUAUGUGACCCAGAGCUUCUGCAGCCUUUGCUAUCCUUUCUGGUGCACACAUAUGCACAAGCUAAUAUAGACAGCAUGACCUCGAGCAGAAACACUUCACGUUCCUGCUACAUGAUACAAUAUGGGGCCUUCCAUGGCUACUGCUGGGGAAGGGGUUGGAAAGAAUUCCAAAAGCCAUGUUCUGCAAGUUUUCCCCACCUUGUUAACACCCCUGGAUGAAGGGCAGCAGGAGGUUUCACACGGGAGACCUAGCUCAUAUCUAGCUGGAGCCACAGAUCGGCCCAUCGGCUUUUCACCAGAAGUGUCAGGUUGAAUAUGUUUUGUCCUACUAAUAAGUAUUUGUGAGUGGUAGAUAGUUGUAUAUUUACCUAGUUGCACUGUGUGUCAUAAUUGGUUUUCCCUCAGUGACAUCUUCCGUUCUAAUGAAGAAAAUCAAGGGUAGUAAUGACCAAUUUGGGGCUAGCAAAGAUUUCCACUGUGGGUAAUCAGAAAGUGACUCACUUUUUGAACAUUCAGCGUGCUUGGAACCCCAUUUCUGCAGCAGCAGUGUGGAAUCACUGCCCUUCUUUUUUUUCCAAAAAAAAAAAAGUGCCAGUUUACCCUGCAGCAUUCAGUGUGGGCAUGAUUAUCUCCACUGGAUAAGUCAACCAUUCCUUUAUGACUAGAAGGUUCUUUGAAAACUCUGAUUUAUUUCCAUCAUGAAAUUUUCCAAUUAUAAAUGGGCAAAUUGUUCUCUAUAAAUCAGAAUUGUGGCAGCAUCGUGGUGGAUCUACAGAUAAACGUUUUCUUGAUCCAUGCACUCUGCUCUCCCACUGAGAUUAUAGGCAAUUUACUUGUAGCAGAUACAAAGCUGGUAUGGAUCAACAUACAGUGGUGCUUAAAAGUUUCUGAACCCUUCUGCAUUUUCAAUAUUUCUGGAUAAAUAUGACCUAAAACAUAAUCUCUUUUCCACGCAAGUCCUAAAAGUAGAUAAAGAGAACCCAAUUAAACAAAUGAAUCAAACUUUUAAGCACCACAGUAUAUGGAUUAAACUGAAAACAUACAUUACUUGUAAUUGUAAAUAAAAGAAAUUGUGGCUGACAAUCCAGCAUAAUUCCAAGAAAUUAAGCAAAGAAGGAAAAUGAUCACCAAUUACAAGGUUGUAUUUUAUUGAACAAUGAUACAUGCCUAUUUAUAGUGGUGCUCUCUUUCUAGCAUACUUAAACCAGAUUUUAAAAAUUAAACUAAUAGCCUCUGUUACCAAGUGCUAUAACAAGGUGAUCAGUUUAUUUUCACUGAACAUAAUUUAUGUUGGGUGCACUGCAAUCAGUAUUAAAAAGAGAAAACUGUACCUAUGUGUGCUUUUUACCUUGGCCAUAACAGUUCAGCCAUUCUCAUAUUGUAUAUUCUCGCUCUGACACAUUUAAAUCUGCUGUGAUGCACAGGAACUCCUACUGUCCAAAGUUAUAUUUAAACGUUGCUCCAAUAUGAAUAGCUUCGCCUUCCCUAAUAUACAACUGUUAUACAGAUCAUAAAAUCUAUGGAAUUUC